UAAACAGGCGGCUGGAUCCCCAAGUGGGUGCGUGUUUCGUGCGCGGGGUCGGCAUAGGCUCUCACACUCCUGCAGACUCGCGGACACCACGACGCAAAUAUGAGAUCACCAGGCAGCGGAAGGCCAGCCCAGAGGGAACGUGCACUGCGCGCGUAUACGCACGAGUGAAAUCAUCGCGCCCACGUCGCAGGCGCGCGCGCACAUGCAGCCUGGGGACCCUGCGGGAGGGGUGACGUAGGAGUUUCUGCGAAGACCAGAAUUGUCAGGGCUUGGCGGCCAGGAAAGCACCUUACCCUUUUCAAAAAUGUCCCGGAAGUGCCUCUGCCCUUAAUGAAGAUAGUCAUCACUGUGGCAUGAGGGAGGCAGGGCUGCGCCUGCGCAAUAAGUUCGGCGGGGAAGAUGGCGGAUGACAAGGAUUCCCUUCCCAAGCUUAAGGACCUGGCAUUUCUCAAGAAUCAGCUGGAGCGCCUGCAGCGGCGCGUGGAAGAUGAAGUCAACAGUGGUGUUGGCCAGGAUGGCUCGCUCCUGUCCUCCCCAUUCCUCAAAGGCUUCCUGGCUGGCUAUGUGGUAGCUAAACUGAGGGCAUCAGCAGUACUGGGCUUUGUCGUGGGCACCUGCACUGGCAUCUACACAGCUCAAACAUAUGCUGUGCCCAAUGUGGAGAAAACAUUGAGGGACUAUCUGCGGUCACUGCGCAAGGGGCCUGACUAGCUCUGGAUCCUGUGGGGAAGGCAGGAUGAGCAGCUAGGGCCUACAGGCUGAGGCCUUUCAACCACAGGCACCAUAUUUGGCUUCCCUGUCUGUCACACCUUUGCGGUCUCCACCCUUCCUGCCACCCUCAUCCCUGCUUCCCUUCCUGCAGAAGGUAGACAGUGGCUCAUCAGUGUGCCCUGUGGACUCCCUAACCCCAUCGGAUUGGCCCCAAGACUUUGACUUCAAGGGCCACCAACCCCUUCCUCUUCCAUCCUUGACUGUGGAGUUUACAACUGACUCUAAUCCUCAGUAUUCUCUCUGGUGAUGUACCACAGCUCCCCCGUCCUUGGAGCUGGCUCCAUAACUUGAUUUUCCCCAAACGUGUCACACUCCCCACAGGGUCUGGUGUGGGCAUGAGUGUAGAAGAUGGGGGUAUGCCAGGCCUGGGCCGUCACAGGCAGGCACGCUGGACCCUGAUGCUACUCCUGUCCACUGCCAUGUAUGGUGCCCAUGCCCCACUGCUGGCACUGUGCCAUGUGGAUGGCCAGGUGCCCUUCCGGCCCUCCUCAGCCGUGCUACUGACCGAGCUGACCAAGCUGCUGUUGUGCGCUUUCUCCCUCCUGGUGGACUGGCAAGCAUGGCCCCGGAGGGCCCUGCCCUUUCGCCAUGCUGCCCCCUUCGCAGUAUCAGCUCUGCUCUAUGGCGCCAACAACAACCUAGUGAUCUACCUUCAACGUUACAUGGACCCCAGCACCUACCAGGUGCUGAGCAAUCUCAAGAUUGGAAGCACGGCCCUGUUCUACUGCCUCUGCCUCCGGCACCGCCUCUCUGCUCGCCAGGGGUUAGCACUGCUGCUGCUGAUGGCAGCAGGGGCCUGCUAUACAGCUGGUGGCCUCCAGGACCCCUGGAACACUCUCCCUGGGCCCCAUCCAGCAGCUGCUGCUGGCCCCAUGCCCCUGCAUAUCACUCCCCUGGGACUGCUGCUCCUUCUCCUAUACUGCUUCAUCUCAGGCUUGUCAUCUGUGUACACAGAGCUGCUCAUGAAGCGGCAGAAGCUGCCCCUGGCACUUCAGAACCUCUUCGUUUACACUUUCGGUGUGCUCCUGAACCUGGGUCUGCACGCAGGCAGCAGCUCUGGCCCCAGCCUCUUGGAGGGUUUCUCAGGAUGGGCAGCUCUCAUGGUGCUGAGCCAGGCAGUCAAUGGAUUGCUCAUGUCAGCUGUCAUGAAGCAUGGCAGCAGCAUCACACGCCUUUUUGUUGUAUCCUGCUCACUGGUGGUAAACGCUAUGCUCUCAGCAGCCCUGCUGCGGCUGCAACUCACAGCCGCCUUCUUCCUGGCCACACUGCUCAUUGGCCUGGCUGUGCACCUGUACUAUGGCAGCCAGUAGCCUCCUGACCCUGACCCUGUAGUCUGGGCGCCACCAUCAGAGCCACCUCCCAGCCCUCUCCUGCCCUCAGCAGCCUGGAAACAAGUGCCUUGUGAGAAAAGCUGGGAAGUGAGAGCAGCUGGCUCAGUCUCUGGAGGUUGGUGAAUGAAGGUGUACCCCUGGGAGACUAGAAGAGUGGGUUUUGUUAAGGAACCUCUUAACAUCCCCCAAGUCCUUCCAGACUAGGAAUUAAAGGAGUCUAAACACCUAGGCCAAAGAAUGACCACAUCUCUGAAGGGGGGAAGGUUCCAUGCCUCAUCCUACGUUAAUACAGUUUGCUCAGAGGGGGCUGUGGAACCCAGAUGGCUUUCCUUGCCUACUCUGGUCACUCCAGCAGAACCCCUAUCCCCAAGCCUGUGCUGGCAGCCCAGUACUAGUCCAGCCAUGGUGCAUGACUUCCCCAUAAGGGAUAUUCACCCCCCACAUUCAUGCAAGAAGCCCAGUUGCCACGGAUUACACAACCAUCAUCCACGUCGUUCUGCCAAGCUUCCCCAGCUGUAGUGGCACCUGGAAGACUUGCCCCCUGCUUCUCCACCAUGCUGCUCCCACACCCAGCCUUUUUCCUGGAAACCCCAGAGAGGGCUGGGGCUUAACUCAUCUCAGGGAAUGUUGCCCCUGGGCCCUGGCUUAAGCCUACACUCCCAAUCUCUGCCCACCCCAAGGGCUUGCUUGAAGCCCACUGCCCCCUCCAAGGCUUCUAGGAGGCACCAUCCUUCCCACUCUGGGUUCUGCCCCUGCCUAGCUGUACCACUUCCCAACAGCCUGGGGAAGCUCUACACAGAGUGACCUGGGGCUGGGCACCGCAUAGCUCGAUCAGUGUCUCUAACCACAUAAGCAAUAAGGUCUUAAUAAAGUGUUCUGGGGGUUGGGUUCUUAAAAUUGGC